AAUAUUUUUCAACAAGUUUAUUGCUUGUUGUGUGAAUUAGUGUAUUGAAAAAUGAUGCCAUUGUAGGCAAGUGUGAUGUUUUAAAUGUGUGUAAAUGUGUUUAAAUGUGUGUAAGUGAAAGAAGUAAAAAAAAUAUGCCAAUGUGUCAUAGCAAAUGGGGCGCGAAGAAGCAGUAUUAUCUUCCGAAAUAAAUGCUUUCCUUAGGUUUAAAGAAGUAAAAUAUGCAGCAUAUAAACUAACCCGGACCACUUCAACUUCAACAACUUCUUCAACUUCAACAAUCCUCAUGUACCAUGGUAGAACAGAACGCUCCACCUGGCUGUAAAUAGGUGUGGAGUGAAAGUGCGUUGAAUGGACAAUUAUGCUCAAAACCUCAUAUCGUUCCAAAAAAACCGUUGCUCACUUUUCUUCAAAACGCUUAUACCAGCACUGGCAUGACACUCGCGUGCUUGUGGGUGACGACGAAACCCACCGGAGGUGAGUACGAAACUCAACCAUAAGCGCUCAUCGCGAACAUCCUCGGCUCGUCGACCGUCGUCAUCGUGGUCGGGUAUCGAGGACCGUCGGGACCGUCGCAUGCCGUAGCAGAGGUUCCUAGAUCCGGUUGGGACUGUUUUGACUUCAGAGAAAGAAACGUGGAACAAGGAUACGGGUGUGUUAUCGUCAUCGUCGUUGUCGUCGUCGUCGUGCUCGUCGUCGUUGUUGUCGUCGUCGUCGUAUUUAGUUGUUCAAAUCAUAAGUUUGUUGUUUGUUCCCCGGUCUCGUGUGAAUACUACUGCUACUACUACUACUACUACUACUAAAUACUACAAAAUCACUACAACCGCUACUACGAAUACUAUUACUAUUGUCACUAUUCGCUAAGGUGCGCCGCGUGUGAUUGCAAAUGUCUGGUAGUAAUUUGCUCGUCCAAGCAACAAAGUGCGGAAACGUUUGAAAGGAAAACCAACAAGGAGGAGAAGCCGCUGCAUCGCUUGCACAACCGGUACGGACGGCAUAUGUAAGCGAAGGGAAACGUUCAGCACGAGCGGUCGUCACCACCGGAGAGCCGUUGUCAUCAGCAUCAUCAAUUGGCCACCAAAAAGGAACGUUGUAGUAAUUGUAGCACACAUUGGACCGGAUAAGGAAGAAGCAGACUGGUUUUGGUGUUCUUGAAAGCAAAGCAAAGUGCUCUGCUCUGGUCGUUUGUUAAGAAAAACAAAAACGGGAACGAACAGGAAAAACAAAACAAACAAAAAAUAUCACAAAAGUUUGCCGAAAUUCGGAUCGAUGUGGAUGAGUAGCGGUGCAGCAUGUUGAGUGCGGCUCGUAACCUGAAGCCACCCGCCAAAGGAAGCAGUAAACAGAAGUGCCCAACAGAAACGUUAACGUAAAAGAAAAAACCGAAGAGCAACUAAAAAAAACAAAACAACACAACACAAAAAGGCAUCAUCAAAAAUGUCCACUGUAUAAAAUAGGCUAGACUAUCAACUAUCAUCACAACCCGGAAUAGAGGCAAUAUUGCAAACAAAAAAAAAGCGGCAAAAGUUCGGAUGCAACUGUAAAACAUUGUAAAAAGUAUCAACAAAACGUGGAACGUGUAGGAGAAAUACCGAAAAAAUUUCCGCAAAACGGAAAAUCGUCUCCCAUUACUCCCACGAAUGCACCACGAACAAACAACUUACAUACUCAAAAACGAAGAAGAAAAACAAAAAAAAAACAACCCAGAAACACUGAGCUCUGAAUCAAUCGAAAAAUCAUUACAGGGAUUAUAUAGUUUACGAAAAGUGUAUGUUAGUCACCGUUUUGUGUGUAUGUAAUGCUGGCUGUUUAGAUGACGAUGAUGGUAACCAUUUUGCUUGAGCCUUUUCCUUCGAUGGUAGCACAUCCUUCACCGUAACGGGGGACAUACACUGGAUGCUAAAAGUGCAGCUUACGGAGAAAUAAACAAAAACCCGCGAUAGAAAUAACUUACAAAGAGAGGAAAACGUGAAGCAAACAAAAAUUCCAAAAAACCUCGAUCGGUAAGUGUGGCAGUAAUGUAAGGAAGUGUUGUGCCGUACUAAAGCUCACCAAAAAACAAGAAGAAAAAAACCACUGAAAAGCCUUUAUCAGCGCGUGCGAUACAAGUUAAAGAGCGCACCGUGUGCAGCAAGAGAACAAAAAACGAAGGGAUAUUAAAGCUAACCAUCCACCCCCCACCGGUGUGGGAACAGCCGAGAGUUUGAUGCCGGCGCCACUGUCAGCUGGAGUGCGUGCUACCGUUGCAUCCGAAUGAAAGGACGGGUACCAGCAGUGUGGACUGGCUUUUCCGUCUGAACGAACUGACUGACUGACUGGCUGGUAGUCAACCAACCGGCGUUCCUGGGGACGAGCGAGCGAGACCGAUUGUGUCCGGAACGAUAACGAUCCGGAUCCGAGCGUGAAAGGGACGCGGCGAAUGAGAGCAAAACGGCCGCAUGCAUUUGCCGUCAAUAAUCAACAAUCAGUCAGUCACUCAGCAGUCAGCCAGUGGCAGCACAAAACCAGCAGUGUAGCAGCAAAACAGCAGGAGCAGGCGGGCAAUAUACAUAUUGACUGCAUCCCUUACGGUCAGCCUGGGCCAUACUGGGCUAUCGGUGCAUACGGUGUCAGCGUGCCGUGAGGUUUUCUCGUUGUUUUUUUCCGGCGUACCCUAACUUUAAACGGUUUUGCGUGCUCAAGGGGCCCACAGGUGACCUGGUGCUGCGCUUGUGUUUUUGGGGGUGCAUUUUGGGGUAGCAAGUUGUGCCACUGUUUGUUCGGAAGUGAAAGUGAAAUACACUCUCGCCGUUUUUUUGUUGUUCUACUCUUCCUAAUCUGCUGCAGCUGUAGACGUACGCUAUACGUCCUUGUCCAAGUGUCCUGCUUAGUGUGUGUGUGUGUGUGAGCUACAAAUAAUUCGGUGCUCCGGUAACUUCCGUAACGAAGACGCUGAUAGAGACGAUUUUGCCAAAACAAAAAGAAGCAAAAAAAACCGCGUGUAGAAAGUAUUACAAAAUUAGCAAUUACCAUUAGUACACAUUAGCACACAAGGUCGCUAUUGGCAAUUACAAAAAAGUAACCAAACAAAACGUUAAAACUGAGCAGGAGAACCGCAACCAUCACAUCAAAAAAGUGCCUAACUAUUUCCGUUUUGCGUUCCGCUUAAUCUGUUGUUGUAUUCGGUCCACCAAACCGCUGCCCUCCCCGACGCCCUUUUAAAUCGCGCGCGUGUGUGUGUGUAUGUGGAGCUUGAAUAUAGCUUCAUUCGCAAAAUCAAGGCCGGCAUUUGCUUCGGGACGCUUUUUGAGGAACAUCCAGCUAGUGUCCACAUCCCCAGUUGCAGAGUUCUGAAAACUAAGUCCGGCGUUACUGUUAGCCUGCCGUAUAUUGGGGAGUUUGUUUUGGAAGCUCAAAAAAAACAAGGAAAAAUCGAAUACCAAACGUCAUCAAAUACAUAAAUUGAGCAGUGCACCGAAGUUGGACUAAAAGGAGGAAGCUGCAAAGUUUGUGGUAAAGGAAUAGCAAGUGCAUACAAGCCGUUAAUUUACGAGCGGAUCGUAACAUUACACAAACCAAACGCAUAAACUUAUCCUCCGAUUGUUAUCAUCCGGGUGAUUGUUAUUCGGGAAAUUCGAGGAAACUCGCCUCGUAACCGUAACCGGCAACUCCCCAUAAAAAGCCUUCACCGAGAAAAAAAACCCCGUGCGAUAUCGUUGUACGAGUUUCCGUAACACACAUUAAAGUGCUUCGUCGGUCUUGUGCUUUGGAAAGAAGUGAAGAAAGAAAAAAAACCCACAUCCGCCAAAGACGCGCGAAUUGCAAAUCUGUGAGAGUUUUGAUGUGAACAUUGAUUUUCCCAGUUUUUAUCGCGUGUUUUUCUUUUCUUCGCUGUACCGUCCCGCGUACGUUUUCCGUGUUGCCCAUUAUCGCGUCUCGCUUUUCGGAAAUCGAUUUUGCGCGGAUAUACAACAAAAAAAGUAAAAGCAACCACCCUACAGGGACAGGAGAAGGAAACAACAAAAAAAAAACACCGCCGAAAUCAUCCACUGUCCAGCAUCGACAUCUAAGGCGGGAGAGUUGAACGCGGUGAUAUGAGCAGCAGUAGCUUUGUGCUUCCCACGAGAUCGUGAGGUAACAACGGUGAUUAGGAAAUAUUUGUGAUAUCAGUGUGUGUGUGUGUCUGUGUGUCUGCGUGGCCCGUAGGGAAGGUACGAUACUUCAGCUUCCAACCUUCGUAACUGUAGGUGCAUAGAACGUCAAAAAAAGAAAAACCUUCCUUCCUUCAACAUAUCGGAAUUCUUACUUGCGAAUGCUGAUCUCGUCGGUAUUUUCGUUUCGGUAAAAUUUAAAUCCAAAAACCUCCCAUCCCUGCCCCAGUCGGUACGGGACGUGACUAGUGCCAGGGACUCCUGUUUUGCAGUCGAGAUUACAUUACUACCGAGAAGAACACAUACGAAACACAUUCCGGAACGUUCGGGUUGGUUCUAAUAAUAGUUCCGCACAAUAACAAUAUCACAUCACUUUUGUCGGUCGGUCCCAUCAUUAUCGCCGAUCUUCUCCGUGGAGGGGAUUUUUUCCCUGGAAGCGCCAGGAAAAUUCCGAAUUUUAAAGUGCACGUGUGAAGAAAACCAGAAACACCCGUACCCGGGGCCUUCGGUUCGUCGCGCGCGCGUAUUUCCGUGUGUUUAGUGUUGUGCCGUAAGUUUAAGUUUUUCCUCGCGAAACGGUUUGUCGGUGUAAGUGAUCCGUUUUUCUCGCGUGAUAUUUGUGCACAUAUUGUUUGAGUUUCUUUCCGUUUGGUUUCCGUGUGUUUCGAGUGUACUUCCUCGUGGGUGAAGCAGUGCACAACGUCAGUCGGUAAAAAAGCUGAAAGGUUGAUCCGUUGUUCCAUUGUUUCUUUGCAAUGCUGUGAUCGGAGAAAUAUUAUUCAUCGACCAACUUGAAUCCAUCAGAAGCAUCCAAAGCAUCCAGUCCGUGUGUGUUUUGUGUGAUUGUGUGUUUCAAGAGCGAAGAAGCCAAAUCGUACGAAUCGUGUGAAUGCAGUUUUGUUGCUGGAGCAUUGGUAAUUCCUACCCAGAGUCAACGGUUAAGGUGUUAAGGCCGCGGGGGCCCUUCAGCAAGUGUGUGGGUGUGUGUGAGCGUGUGUGUGUGUGUGUGAGGGUGGAAAACAACCAAGUGUGAAGUGAUAUUGCCGCGAGCCACAUAUUUGCCAAGUGUGGUGGAAAAUAUUGAUGAUAUUUUCUGAAAAUCAUAAAAGUCAUCGGUGUGUGAGUGAGGUUUUGUUGCUGUAUUUCGUCGACGUUUCGCUCGAUUUCGAUUUCGUUUGUAUCACAAUUCUGAACAACCUGAUCGUACAACGUGUAGCUGGUCUUUUUUGUGCCCAUACACCGACCAGGAAGUGGAUGCAACACUGACGGAAAGUGUAUACCCCCCGGGUGUGGCAGCGAGGUGGCAUAAAGCACCCCACCAUCAAAAAGGAAAGUCACGGCACGAGCAGGGGAAAUAUUCCACCGUGGCAAUCGCGUACUAGUGCUGUGAACAAAACCUGCUAAAGCUAAAGAGCAAGGUUUUCAAGAGAUCUGGUUUGGUUUUAGAUUGCGUUUGGCAAUACGUGCAUAGAAAUCGACCAUAGCAAAAGUGUCGUCUGGUCGACAUUGCGCGAUUUUCCAGUGUUCGGAAAGAAUCAUUUUAUUGCGUUUCGAGAACAACCAAAGUACUCUGCAUACAUGUUAGGCUGCGCGUUUUUGACGUACUUCAGUCCGGAAAGCGCCGUUAACGGUCAGGGCGCGUUACAUGAGAAGCAGACACUACCUGGGAUGAACCGUGCUAUUCAAGUCAAGCCAGCGGAUAGCGAGAACCGCGGUGGUUGCGCCUUUGUGAAAUUUACCUCGCAUCAAGAAGCUCAAGCUGCUAUAACAUCGCUUCACGGUAGUCAAACUAUGCCGGGUGCAUCCUCUAGCUUAGUGGUAAAGUUUGCUGACACCGAGAAAGAGAGGCAACUCCGUCGUAUGCAGCAAAUGGCUGGCCAUAUGAACCUGCUGAGUCCGUUUGUGUUCAACCAGUUCGGACCGUACGGCGCCUACGCCCAGCAACAGCAGGCGGCCCUGAUGGCGGCCGCAACCGCACAAGGAACGUAUAUCAAUCCCAUGGCUGCACUAGCAACACAAAUACCUCACGCGUUGAACGGUUCCGGACAGCCAGUAAACGGUGCCAUCCCCUCUUUACCGUCGCCCACGAUGCCUACCUUCAACAUGGCAGCACAAACGCCCAACGGUCAACCGGCCGGUUCGGAGGCUGUGUACACCAACGGAAUACCCCAAACCUACCCAGGACCGCUUUACGUAGAUGCCCUGCACCUGUCGAUACCCGCUCAAGGACUUCCGAACGGAGAUGCCGCCCUACCGCACGCCGCCUACCCUGGCAUCCAGCCGUAUCCCGGUGUCGCCUACCCAGCCGUUUAUGGACAAUUUCCGCAAGCUAUACCGCAACCGAUUGCCGCCGUUGCACCAGCACAACGCGAAGACAUGUUAAUGUUCCCAGGGUGCUCCAUAUCGGGCCCGGAAGGUUGCAACCUGUUCAUCUACCAUCUGCCCCAGGAAUUCGGUGACGGCGAGCUGAUGCAGAUGUUUAUGCCCUUCGGAACUGUGAUAAGUUCUAAAGUCUUCAUCGAUCGAGCUACAAAUCAGAGUAAAUGUUUCGGUUUUGUAUCGUUUGACAAUCCAGCCAGCGCUCAAGCUGCGAUUCAAGCCAUGAACGGUUUUCAGAUUGGUAUGAAAAGACUGAAAGUUCAGCUGAAAAGACCAAAGGAUGCGAAUAGACCCUAUUAACAAUCAGAGAUUAAAAGCGCUUUAAAGAGUGCUUCUGCUGAAGCUUUAAAAUAUGAAGUUAAUCCUUAGACAAAUUUAAUCUAAUAUCAUCAAUUAUCAGUGCAGUUAUGAAUAGAACAAACAAAAAAAAACACACACACACAAAACUACAACCAAUCGCUUAAAGUUAAAUAAUAAACUCACAGACACAAACUUAACAAACAACAAACAUAUGGAAAGGAGCAAAACCAUUUAAGCUACUCUAUAUAUAAAAAACAAAAAAUCCUACAUGAAAGCAAAACAAAAAAAAACGAACGAUUACAAAGCUAUACAAACACUGUUGAGUCAGUGACUUUAGUCUUGAAUAUAACUAUGUACCAACACUAUAUGCGCUCGUGAGCAUCAAAAGGACGCAGCCACAGUACGGGGAAUGGAUGAUGUUGGUGUGGAUCGAAAGUGCUUUUUGGUGCUCCAAACUCGGCCCCAUCCAACCAAAGGAAGAUCGCCCCAAUGAGGGGCGAGACGAUCACACACAACUCGGUGCCGAACGUGUAUGUAGCAUCUUUAGGGAAAGCAACAGAUAAUGUGCGACGCAGAAAACUUGUUUUACUUAAAAAAAAUCGGAAGUUAGUCCAAAGUUUGCCAACCCGUGAUGUCGUGGUUUAUAGGAUAGGAGGAGUAAGUAAAUUAUCUUAUAACUUAAGUUUAUCUACAAAUCUAGAUAAUAAUCGAAACUCACGGGCCCGUACGGGAAAUCAGUUGUUCUCCGUAAGUUCAUUCGGCGGGCGGGAGUUAAACGAACCUUAGCGACAUUGGAGCGGAAAAAAAGGACGGGAGGGGGCGCAAGAUCGUUUGAUUGAAAUUCAGUAUCACUUUUCUCUUGCGCACAGUUUAUCAUCAUACAUUACGUUUCAAUCUUCAAGAACGCAAUUAAUAAUAUCACCACUGUACGGGGCUGUACGGUCACAUGCAUUAUGGCGCAUGGUUUAUCAAAUGCAUCUUCAAAUCCAUUAAACAAAUCUACUGCAGCAACAAGAGGAAAAAAACAAACGCUAAUAAGAAUAGAGGAUUUUUCAAAGUAAACUAUACACUUUGCUAAUUUAUGCAUUCGAAGUUUUUAUGCUAAUGAUUAACUUCUAAAAAAGGAGGGGAAAAAACAAAACACUUUAUUGUGCACGACAACCGGCGAUGGAAUUGUAGAUAAAGGGUACCAUUAAUGGCACUGGUUAAUUGUAUUUGUUUGUUCUGCUUGUCAAAUAAUACACCUUACCAUCUUUAAACAAAACUCUCAGCAUGGUGAAAUUUUUCCGCAUCCAAAUAACAGUAAAAGUGACAAAUGCUUUUGAUUCACUUAGUUUUACACUAGUAAAUCUAUUCUAACCAUUUAACGAUUUAAAAAACGUACAUUAUUAGCAUACACAACCGGAUGGUACAGCUGUCGCAAAUUGUUUGCUCUUUUUUAUCAUACACAAUUAUAACGAAAAGAAGAAGAAAACAAAAAGAAGAAACCAGCGAUAAUCCAACAACCUGGUAACAGUGGAAAACCGAAUCAAGAUAAUACUAAGAUAAUGCGCUUAUUCAAACAGGAAGCUUGGAACGAACGAUUAAAGGGUGAACAUGUGUUCCCAUGAUCGUUUCGGUUCUCGUUACGGGGGUUUGCUAAGGAAUUUCCAAACAGAAACAAAAAUAUGCCGGCGAGUUAAACUAACUUUGCCUCAAGUAAAUCAAAUGUAAGAGUGUUAUUUGUUUAGAUAGCUACAAGCUCGAAAACCCACUGAACAGCACUGAAAGCUGCAGCAGCACAGGAAUUAGUUUGUAAAUGGUGCAGUUACAAAGUAUGCACCCGAUUUUUGGCCGAACAUUGAACACACACUCAUAAACAGGUCGUAGAAAUUAUACAAACAUAUAACCUCACUUUUUUUUCUUUCCAAACCUGUAGGCUGUAAAGCUUAUCUCCCAAUAAAAUCGAAAUUAGUGCAGAAAAUUAAAGAAAAUUUAAACUAAUCGGAAGGAGAAGAAGCAAAAAUAAUAAAUCCAUCAAUAGUAUUCGGUCCCAUCAUUUAACAAACCCUUUGCCCAUGACGUAUCUCGAUGGUAGCCAUUAUAGGACGCCACUUAUUUAGUAUACUAGAUAGUAAUAAUUUACUCUACAUACUAACAACUACCAUCAUGUUCUUCAAAAAAUGGAGCUCUAACGUUUUAGACAUUCGGCGCGUAGUAUUGAUUACUUCAAAAUUUUCAAAUUUUAUAUUGUUUUAAAAAAAUUACAUAAAAACAACACUUCUCAAUCAUUUUUCUCCUGGAUUGAAAGUUGUUUAGCUAAAAUUUUACGUUUUCUUAAGCACCAACGGUAGCUGAAAUACGAAUUUUUAUUACUUCUACUAAUUUUGCAUUGCUAAACGAUCUAAUCGUUACUGAAAGUUAGUAUUAAACAAGCUAUGAAAUCAAUGAACUAUUGUUAGCUCAGCCCACUUACCCUUUACCCAUUUGAACAUUAAUGGAUAACGUUACCAUGCUUUUUGUUUUUAUUUUUCUAGACCAGUUUUGCAUCGUUUUACCUAUUACAGUAUUAAUUUACAUUUAUAUAUAUGAACAAAAAAAAACAAGUGAAAAACUAAAUACAAAAAACGUUUCUUUCCACGUUCAUGCGCGGUUACAACAAGCCUAUCUUUACGGGAAGGCAAUUUGGUGUGAUGAUAUUGCACCAUCUCGCGCAUUAUAAUUCGGUUUCUGCUUCACCAUAACUAGUCAUUUGUAGGCUAAGGUAAAUUAUAUCAUCUUUAAUAAAUCUACAUACACACAAGCCCGCCAUCGUUGAGCUUUGCGUUUCGGUAGUUUUUGCAUCCCUCCAGAGCCAUGCAACCAGCAAACAGGUGCAGGCCGGAAAGUCUAGUAAUCGGAUUCCUGCCUAAAGUUUAAAUGAAGAAAAAACAAACUAAAAUACACACAUACACAAACAAACACACAAACAAAUAGGGAAUGUAGUAAUAGAGUAAUGAAUGAUUAACUUCACGCAUCAAAGUUUAAGGUAACGACGUUGAACACGUGGCAAACAGUUGUUUGUGCAGCGUAAGCGUAAUAAUAAAGUUAAGAUCAAACUCGCAUAAGGGAACCUAUUCGAAUGAGAAUCUACAGCUAAGCAAAGCCAAAAAAAAAUACAAAAACCAAAUCAUAUACACACACUCGGCGUGUCUCGCGUGCGUGUGUGUGUGUGUGUAAUGCGUGUCAACAAAGAGACAACAGCUUUGAUAUUGACCAUUUGCGCGUGUAACACGAGGGUUAAAUUAUUUCUAACACAAAAACCAAACAAAACUUUAACAUUGUGCAACAUUAAUGCUAAUGAGAAGGGAGAAUGGAAAAAAAACAACUAAAAGUCGAGAGGUAAAAAGCAAAAAACAAGGAAAAGGUUUUACAAUUAUGUAAGUAGUGUGGUAAUGAUUUUCACCCUCCACCGAUGACUAAACACACUCUACUAAUUGCCCACCCACCCAGUACAAGAAAACCGCUCGAUAGAAUAGUACAUGUUUCCUUCACUUAUUUGUUGAUAAGUUACAACAAUUUAAAAAAAAAAUAAAAAUCUCAAAAUCAAAUUUCAUUUCCUAUUCGCAUCGGAAUAGUUAACAUUUAGAGCAAAAUGUUGGCCAAAAAAAGGGGAAACAAAAUGCUAUCAAAAUAGAAUUUUUUUCUCUCCCGAUGUCUGUUUUUUCGCACAACGCUGGAUUAGGAUUAAAACCAUUAAGGACAUUUUUUUGCGGUAUUAACAUGCCUUCAGGGAUGAAACAGCUUUUAAACGUGUUCUGAGUUGCAUUGUUUGUGUGUUGUUUUUUGUUUCUUUUCCCUAGUCGCAUUCUUUACAACAAACUCAAACAAAAAACCCAUGUUAAUCGAAACGGUUUUCUUUUUUUUUUGUAUGAAUUCUAUUUCUAGUCUUUGUAUACUGCAAGUAGGGUUUUAUCGACAGCUACAUAGCAAAAAAAAAACAAACACACAAAAACAAAACAAAACAUAACUGGAAACAUAUUAUUGUUAGAUAAACCAACAAAAUGGGCUGUGAUUUCAACGUUAUGAUUUGCAAAACACGACAACCAGAUUUCAUAAAACCCUACUCAAACACAUGCUGCUGAAUCAAAUUCGUUUGGUUCCGAAUAUUGAGUGGAAUCGAUUUUUUUUUGUUUUUUUUUUUGCUUACUACAGGUCAGCGUGUUGCAUUUGUUGAUUUAAUUUUUGGCUCUUUCCGCCCCCUCUCUAUUGCUCACUAUUUUUGCAACAAUUUAUAUAUAGUGGCUUGAAGGAAAACCAAUUCCUCAUUCCGUUUUUGUUCCCUGAAGGUAAUGGUUGAAAAGUGAAGCGUAGAGGGAUAGAACCCGGUUCCAACUGUGCUUGGGUACCGUUGGAGUGGAGUGGAACGAACAUUAUCACCUAAAUCUCAUGCGCCCAAUAUCUAAACUAAACUGGUCAUACCUUUUGCCAAAUUAUGUGGAACAGAUUGCGAGGUUAGAAAGAACAAAAGAACGAAGAAGGGAAGAAGAAAUAUAAAACAAAGUUACCGAAUCGGUAACCGAUACUUUACCGAUGUAGACAAAUUUGAACUGCGUGCACAACCUGUACAUAGAUGUAAAGUUCGAUGCAGCCAUUUUUCUCUCUCUACUCUACUUAUAUAAAAUAUUAUUACUGCAAACAAAAAACCGCCCAAAACUUCCCUUUUUCCCAUUUAUCCACCCCGAAAGCGCAUUCCUCACCCUAACUCUCCACCCCUCUCCACAAAAUAAACCUCCAAUUUAGCAUACCUAGCAAAGUCUUAACUUAUACGACAGCCAUUAUUAUAGCUGAACCGAACGCAUGUGCGCAUGUGUGGAUGUGUGGAUGCGCAAACUAUAUGCAUUGAAAAGCCAUAUCAGUUAUUGAAACUAAAAGUUUCAUUUUCAAAAUGCUAGUGCAAGGGAUGCAAUGGUAAAUAUCGCCAACGUAGCAGUGAUCUGCACCAGAGCCACAUAUAUAUAGUUGCCCGGGUGUUGUGCGAUAGAGCACAUUGCGGCAGAUGAAACCACAUCCUUUACGACAUACCACUAUAAACGCGUACUGAGAACCAGAUUCGCUAGAUUAAUGGAACCACCUACCCGAUUGGUAUACUCGAUUCGAUUCGAAACCAAAAUGGUUUAUUGAACGAAGAUGAAGCAAAGUAUAAACAAAUCGCGCCCACAUUAUAGCAAAACAAGUAAAAACAAGACUAGUCAAAUAAUUAUUAAAGAAAAAAAAAACGAGUAAUAAGAAGCAGAAAGCAUCCAAUGAAUCCACAUCAUAUAAGCUACUUAAAGAAAACAGAAUAAACACAAAAACACAACAAAAUGAAUGAAUGAACAAAAAAAAAUGGACUACAGCCCAACGAACGUGAACCCACCUUCUUCUGAGAGAAAAAACUGUGAAACUUUUCCGUCAGGUUUGAUUUUUCUCUCACAACCUAUUUCUCUUUCACUCUUACACAUACACACACACAAACAUUCUCUAUCUCUCUCUAGCCAGGGAACUUUCAUUUGUAUCCCUCCUAAGCUGCCUCCUUACAGUAAAGCAACACAACAACAACAAAAACGUAGUUAGUGAGUCCUCCCUUCUCGAGGUUAGCUGCAUGCGCGGGGUCUAUCUCUUUGGCGCAUUGUGCUGUGUUUCGUGCGUACCGAAUUUCUGUUUUAAUCCGUUCCAAAGAGCCAUUUCUUGGACAUGCCGACGCUGUACAUUAUGGCACAGUAGAAAGCUUAAAGAAUUUAUCUUGUAGUUUGUUUUAUUUUUUCCUUUAAAAAGCAAAUCUUAAAAAAGUGGGAAAUCGACAAACUUCAUAAUUUUUUUUUUAUGAAACUAUGUUUAAAUAGCGACAUUUAAGUUUCAUCCUUCAAAACGUUGCAUACACUUUUUUGAUGCGCCCGAUUUUAUCCAAUUCGUUGCCACAUUAAAUAAUCCAAAGAUUGCGACUGUAAAACUGGGAGAUUGGGAGUGACUUGUAAGGUAGCAGUCAAAAACAGGCAACAGGCGAAGGUAAUUUAUAGGAUUAAGCAAAUCAAAAAACACACACAAGAUGCAGCAACAUAUAGGCGUGCAGUGUAGAAUGGCGUGGAAAAAAGCAGAACAAACGUUAUGAUAUGGAUUGUAACAGGUCUGUAGAAAUCGGCUAAUAUUGCUCGGCUGCAUACAGUUCAUGAUGCAAAACGUAGGUGAAUUUUAUCAGCCCGUAUCAAAUCCGUACUGAAAAUCCGUAGCUCAGUUUUAGUGUGGAGAGAGAGAGCUGUUUAGUAGCAGAGUAGGGGAACCCUUUCUACAAAUCGUUCCCAUUCAUCAACAAUCGCUUCAAACACUAAACACAUCUACUAAGUUUUGUGUUCAUUCAUCCGAGCUCAUCAGGUGUUUUUAAAUGUUGGCAGUUUGCGUUAAUUAAGCUCCAUAACCCCCCGUCGGGGGGAAGGGAUGCCCUGCAUCGGUAUCGUUUUAUUCUAAAUGCACGUGAUACUGAUCGAUCAGCAUGUUUCGUUUGUUCCCCCCCGGGGGGGAUUCGCACCGUAUGUGUCAUGCACACUGUUGCAUUAAUCAACGCCUAAAAAACAAAUGGGUUAAAGCCGUACGAAAGUGAUUGCUUUCCUAGAUUUGAAGUUUUUCAGCACACUUUUGUCACAACCGGUGCCCGGAUUUCGACCGCUAAACGAAUUCUUGUGAACCACAGGGAUGACUUAGUUCACUUUAUAACUCUAUGCUCCACACCUAACACGAUAGUAUACACAUGAAUCUAUAUAGAUAUAUACAUAUAUACACAACACACGCGUAUAUACACAUAUUUAGAGAUAACAUUAUUAUAUACAUUUACCGUUCAGAAAACCGCGUUGUACCCUACAAUACCCUACGGUAGCGGAGCAAGUGCUGAGAGUGUAGAGACACACCCGAACAAAACACAAACUUACUAUUGCAGCAAGCGUGUAGAAAUAUAAUUAACAAAAAAAAUGAUUAACACAAACACAUACACACGCAAAAGAAACCGCGAACCAAAAACUACAAAUGCGUCCCAAUCUCCCACGUACCACACCAGUGGGACCCAACAGUUAGGAGCCUGGGCCGCGAAACACAAGGGAAAAAUCGUAAAAUACAUUCUUAAGCAGAGGAAAGUUAUUUUAAGUCUUAAAACUAGUGCUCUAGGGACAGUCGUAGCGGAAAGGUGUAUGAAAUAAUAAUUGGAAACGGCAGCUUUACCGGUGGAUUUGUGUGUGUACGAACACGGUUACCCCUCUGCUAAGGGUACUAUUUUCACAUACAAAUACCCUGCUACACACCCCACACACAUACACCAGAUACGCAAACACCCAUCCAUUGUUCGCACACUCACAAACGCACAGGGAAAUGCAUUGUUUGUUUUUCUUUUCCUAUAACUAGAGAUACAAAAAAACCGUUUAGUAAGCUAUUUGCAAGAAAAACAAUUCGCGACCGAUAAGACGAGAAAGAGAGAAGAAGAAGAAGGAGAAAAAAAACAUUGUAAAAAUCUAGGAUACAGGGUAUUUCUUGCAAUUAUUGAAAAUAAUGAGAAAUUAAAUACUUAUAGAAAGAAGAAGAAAGGAGGAAGCAAACGACACAGAAUACAAAACCGUAACAAAAGAAUGACGAACGGAGAAGAAUCGGGUUUGGGUGGGGAGGGUUAGGAGAGAUAACUAAAAGAAAAACUUAAAUUUUUAAUACUAUUACAAAAACUCAUUAUUAUUGCGAUUCAAAACAACAAUCCAAAAAAAAAACAAAAAGUAAAUUCAUUAUUACACAUUUUUGCUAAACAAAAAAAAACACACACGUAAUUCCUAUCAUUAUCACACAUUAUUAUCAUCACCGGUGGUGUGCGUAGGCGGCAAAAUGAUUCAGUUCGGUUGGCUCGAUAGAAAAAGAAAAAUAAAAUGCGUUUUUUAGGUAAGGAAACUCGGUGAGAGAAGCUAAACAAAAGAGGAACAAACCACAACAACCAAAUAACAUUUACACAACUACAAUUACUAUACUCUAAAUUUACAACAAACAGCAACAAGAACAAAACAUCAUUAAAAACAUUAAAAGCAAAACCUUACACAAACUUAACAAGAACGCGAUCUUACGUAAAUAGAAGCGCCAUACCGCAAGUAAUGCUCGAUUGUUGCAAAAUAUUGGAACAUGGUUUUUUCUAGAGACGACCCUCCGACGAGUGUUUUAUUGUUCCAUUCGUUUACUCUCUUCUUCUAUUAGAAUAUUGUCCUUUUUAUUCUCUGUAGCCUUUAGACGUUUGCAGCCUGUGGAUAAAAGUCACGUAAAAAAAAAUAACGGGGGAGGGUGAAAAACGAUAUGAUGUUUAAAGAAAAAUUAGUUUUGUGAUAUGAAUAUUUAUAAAGAAUAAUAAUAAUAAUAUUAAUAAUAAUAAUAAUAAUAAUAAUAAAAAUACUAAUAAUAACAAACAACAGAAGAAGAAGGUGGAAGAAAAACAACACUCUUUAUGAAAUUGCUAAUUGAAAACAGGAAAUAAAACAAAUAGAAAUGAACUCUGGCCACCACCUUUAUAGCGCAGGUUAUAGCGAUUAUAGCCAAGCGCGAUAAUGGGAGAGCAGGGUGGCGUCGGUUGAGUACAGAAUAAGGCAAGAACAUAUUCGUAAACAAUAACAAAAAAAAUAUGAAUGAAUUUAUUAACUUUACAGUUUAUUACACAAGAAACACAACACAGAUAGAGAGAGAGAGAGAGAGAAAAAAAAGAAAGAUAGGAAGAAAAAAACCCCACACUCUGUGCACUAACGUAUAGACAAACAGAGACCAGCGAGAAGCAUUAUUAAUUCCAUGUUAUAAUCGAUCCACGAACGGGUGAUGUUUUUCCGGGUGGGCCAGAUAUUGCUUGAAAUGAAAUAGAAAAGAAAACAAACAACAACGCAUAAGCACAAUGUUACGAUGUUCUGCUACUGCAUAAUGCACCACGGAACGAAGGUUCUCUUUGUUGGUAACGAUUUGGGGCUUUUGUGUUAAGUAUUGCAUUACUUAAGAUCCGGCCAAUAUGCUUGUAACAAUCGUUUCCAUUCUAAGAUUAAUGAAUUGCCCUUCACUAUGGUCACAUAUGAUGCAAUCUUCGUUGCAACAGGUAUGUCCCUAUACGUAGCGUUACGCCAUUUCGGGAUAUCUGAAAUUAAUUGCCAAACCAUUGAAAUUAAGCAUUAAACUUCGAAUGUGCUUACGUAAUGGGUGCUUUUUUUCCUUUUUUGCUAACCAACAAUUAGCGUGCACACACACACAAACUACAAACCACAGUUCAAUGGAUGGCGAUAAUACGCAAAACCCAGAUCAUGUUAUGCGCAUUAGCAGCCAAGAGAAAGAUGAUGUAACAUCACGGUUAAAGUUUAGUAUCAAUCAAAGUGAAGCCAAAGCGUGAAGUAAAUAAACGUUUACAAACGAAUGAGAAAUAAAAACAAAAAAAAAGAUGGAACCGUGGCAGACAGAUAAGGAGAGAACAGGAUAGAUCUCCAGGUGAAGUACUUGCGAUGCGUAGCACCAAACCACACAAGUAUGAAUAAGGGUAGGAUCAGGUGCAAAAGAUGAAAAGAAAAUAUAUAUACCAUAUAUACAAAAAAAGAAAUACUUUAAAAUUUCACUUAACAAACAAACAAAAAAAUAACACAAUGUACGAGGACAUCUGUACAUUGCGAUAUUUAACGCUUUGAAAAACAAAAACAAAAAAACUAUAUAUAUAUAUAUACAUAUAAAUGAUAAUUUAGUAUAUUUAGUAUAACAAAAAGGAUCGUAAACGAUAACCCUUGUAGAAGCAGAGCCGCAAAUUCAUAACUGGAGUAUCGUGAGAUAAUCUAGCCCAGUCAGCAUCAGUAGCUGGUAAAUGGGAAAGAAUGCAAAAUGAGAAGAAGCAAGAGAUGGAAGAGAAAAAGAAAGAUGUGCAAAGGGAAAGGGAAAGAAAGGUAGAAGAAGUGUACCCCAAAAACACAUACGGUGAAUACUGGAAUGCAACAACACAAGAGAAGAAGAAAAAAAACUAUUAAAAUUAAACCAAAUUUUUAGACAAAUUUACUUUGUUUUUCUUUCUCCUAACAUUGAGAAAAGGAAGAGAAAAAAAACGACAGCAUUUGCAUAUAAUUACGAUGGUGGAUUGUGUAAAUCGCUGCUACAUGUUGACCAUUUUCACCGUUCUCACACUGCACAAAAUCAAAACCAUUCAUUAUCCUAAAAGCUUUAGGACACGUGGUAAUAGCUUCUAAAUUUUUGUUUUUUUUUUGUUUUGCCUUUUUUGAUAUCAGGCAUGAUAAAGUUUUUUUUAUUUUCUCUUUUUUUCUUGUGUCUGCGUUGCCGCAACAAAUUUGUUAAUUGCAACUGUUUGUUGUGUGUUACUUUAUUUCUAAGUGCUUUCGAAAUGUCAUAUCAAAAUGUAUGUUUUUUUGUCAAACCAUUACAACAACCGAAACGUUUCUGUGUUUUGUGAUGAAAAAAGAAAUGAAUCUGAUUCAUCGUAGUAUAGUACUGUGUAUGUGUUACCUUUAUUCGAACGAUCGAUUUGUGAAUGUGAUACGAGUGUUAUGGUAUGCUGCUCAUUAUAGUUCUUUUGUUUGUUUGCUUUUGUUUUAUUCCAAGCGCACAAAAAGUCUAAGUACAAUAAAGUUAGUUUGUAGAAUUAAAUUAUCUCAAAACGUUCAGUGAUAAAUGCACAUGAUAGGCAAAACAAAUGCAGUUUUCGAAAAUCGAUGUUAUUAUAAUAUUAAAAGUCACAAGUUUCUUAAAAUGGCAGUUUAUCUUUUAUGAUUUAUUUUUUCGUACCAAAACCAAAACUCAAUACGUAUUCAAAUUCAAAGGCCAACGUUUCACAUGCAUAACACUUGAAUUUAUCGUUGAACCAAACAAAUAAAACAGGCAUAAAACAGAAAACAAAAUGCGCCGAUCGAUUUCAGCAACAACAACAAAAAAAACGAGAGAAAAGAGAUAUAUUGGUGCAAAACACAACAAAACAAGAAAUAGCGAAGGCAAAAAGGGGAAAAUAAAGCACGAGAACAGACACAAAAUAAUUAAUGGGAAACUUUAAUUAUUACGACAAUAUGGUAUUAUUAUAAUAAAGUAAUAUAAAAGAACAUUGAAAUGAAGCCUUAAACCAUGUAUAUGCUACAUUAAAAAAAAGCCGACUGUGCACGACUUAAUUAAAGAUGAAACGAAACUUAUCCAAAGCAGCAAAACAUUUGAAGAGGACACACACAGAGGAACACAAAAACGAAACGGAAAAAUACACGUGCGCCUUCAAAAUGAUCACCCACUCACACACACGUUCACGAUCGUACAUACACGCACACGAACACAAACCCGACACCAGCUCUUCGGAACAUAGUGUACUAAAAGGGAUGGAUUUGGACAGACGAGAAAGGAAAUAUAUGCGAAGUAAUCGAUAGUAUCGUCGAUUUGGUAGCUCGGUGCUUAGUCACUAUACCCAAUGAACACCUUUCCAACCAUCAUCACGAUCGCCAUCACGAACAACAACUACAACAACCACAACACAACUACGACCAUAUUGAAUGGUUUCAAUCAAAGAAUUUUCUCUUUAAAACUUUAAACGAAUAAAUACAAAUUACUCUAUCCCACGAUGGAGAGGGUGAGCUGAAGCGAAUGGAGGAGGCAGGGCCGGGGCAGUAAAAACCCAAACAAAAAAACAAACCAAACAAACCAAAAACAAAACAAAAAAACCAAUGGCCGUAACGUUGGCAAAACUGUGCUAACUUUAAAGUAAAAACUCAAGUAUCCUAACACUUAUUAGUAAUGGUAUCGUUCAUCGCUCUCUUUCUCUUCUGCAAUUGCGUAAGAUAACGGUAGCACAGGGAUCGACUGUUUAUACCAUAUCGAAUUCUUUAAACUACGGUGCACUUGGAAAUAACCGUCGGGGGAAACAUGCAUUGGUUUAUAAUGGCACUGUUGAGGAUCAGCAACAUUGUCGAUCUUUGAGUGUUGUGUAGUAAUAUUGCUACAUGCGAAAUAAAGCUGCAGAAUUCCUGUUUUCCAAGCUUCACAAUUUUGAACAAUUGUUGCUGGUUACAAGUAGUCUAGAAACUCUAGUCUGUUCUGUUCAUUUAGUAUAUCUGCAUCUUAAUUUAAGUUAAAGUUUCUAAGUGAUCGAGAAUUGUAUUACACACAUUAUCAAAACAUUUUAAAAACCCAACAAGAAUAUCUUUCAUGAGGACAACUUUCACAAGUUGACAAUUACUUGCGCCUAGCGGUAAGGAGUUCCAUCCUUUUGACAGAUAAUUUGAAUUUGGUUUUCUAAGGACACAGCAGCGCGUAGACCAUAUACUUUAACAGUGUGCAACGGAAAAUAAAAAAAACCAAAACCCAAUGAGUACUAGGAAUAGUUGAAGUAAACACAAACCACAAAAGGUACCCAUAGCAGGUGAACGCGAUCAGCAAGUAAAAGUAUAUAAAUAUAUAUAUAUAUAUAUUUAUAAAUCAUAAGAAUUAUUUAUAUCGAGGAAACGAGAAUAAAGAAAACAUUAAAACACACUACAACACGCAACAGAAACACCGACACAUGAACACAAAUAGCAAACAAAUGUAGACAGGCGCCGCGGUUAAGCAUGAUCUAAAUUUUAAGUACAACAGUAUUAGAUAUUCUAAUGGCAAAGAUGGCACGACGCAACGUGAUGCUGUGCAUUUAAAGGUCAUGGGUUUUUGGAGCUUUUUUGUUUUGUUUUGUUUUCCUAUGUCCUACAAGAUCCCUGCUUAGGCAAUUGUAUGUCUUUUAGUUUUUGUUUUUGAAAACCAUUCACAACAAUUGCACAAUUACAACAAUCAAUGCAAAUCCAGAAAGAUAUUUAUUUAUGGUGAAAUAAAAGUAAAAUAAACAAACAAUAAACAACAGAAAAUAACAAUUAAAGAACAAAAUUUCGAAGAAGAAAACAAAACAAACCGAACAUAAUGAUUUAAACCCGAAAUCAAAUCAACGGCAAAACAAGAUGAAACAAUGAAAUGAAAAAUAAAGAUCUCUGGCGUUGUAGGAUGCGAAAAAAAACAACAAAAACAAAACCAUAUCAAUCAGGUACUAAAACUUAAAACAGACUAGCAAAACAUUACUGAGAAAGGGAGUAAGUGCAAUAAUGUUAGCAAAACCACGGUUCGAUGUGCUACUACUAUUUCGUUACCAUUGAAUUUGGAACGUAAAUCAUGAUCACCCAAGCGCGUUUUUUUUUUUUUUUGCGAUCGAACGGCUGGGCAAAGUUUGUGCUUUUUGUAAUUAAUUUGUGUGUUUGUUAAGUUUUAUUUUUGUUUGUUUAUUAGUGAUUAAAAUAAGAACAUUUAAAUGGUUUCGACUAACAUGAGACCCGAAUUAAAUGAUUUAAAUUGUUCCAAAAAAACUACCGGAUUUAAUGUUUUUUUCAUCAUGAAUCAGACACAUUAUUAUGACUUUUAAACAACAACAAAAAUGCGGAAAAGUAAACUAAGUUAAAGAACAUAUACAAAUAAGGCUAACAUAAGCAGAAUAUUUCCAACAUUAUAACAAUCGAAUGUGUAGAACAAGGAAAUGAUUUCACACAUUGGCCGGAAAAUAGCAUUUAACUAGUCGUACCACAACUUAUUUAGAACUUUACUAAACUCACUCAACAUUGUAACAUUCAAUUUUACAACCAUACACGCGGCACGAAGUUAAUGCAAAGCAUUGAAACAGCUUGAUUAAAGAUGUAAGAAUGUAACUUUUUAUUUUGAUAAGUGAAGAUAAAACCGUUGACCUAUUUCCACACGCUUCGCGCCGUGUUAUCUUUGUUGAUGCGAACUUGUGGACGGUAACGAAUCUUUUGAAGUAAAAAUAACAAAAGGUCAUUUUUUCUGAAGUAAAAAACAAAACACCGUAAACGCUUUGUCUAACCGUUGGGGUAACAUUCGGUAUUUCAAUCAUUGAAUAUAUCCCAAAAACGAUUAACUUACACACAUUCAUCUACACACACAAACAAACACAAAACCAAUCUUCAACCAGUCUCUGCUAUUACAAGAUACGGUCCACGAUACGGCGUUACAUCAUACAUGCAAAAUACAUUCUACUUUACUUACUCACGUUCGUAGUGUUACAAUGAGCUUUAUUCUCAUUUGUUAAAACAUAUUUGCUUACAUUAGAAGCCAACUUCGUAGUGCGAAAAAAAAACGCUCGUGAAACAAAGAUCCUGAUCGGAUCCAGUAGGGAUGACAUUCAGUCAGUAAAUGCCAAAACAAAACAACAAGAAAACCCACUUUGUAGAAAUAAUAUGAAAAAAACAAGUAAAACACGCACGCGUAUAAAAGUCUGUGAAGCAAAGCAGUUCUUGAACAGCAACACGGUAAAAAAAGGAAAAAGGCGUGUGUGUGUGUGACAGUAAAGGACGAUGAUGGUGGAGUACGAUUAACACAUAGACUGAGGUCUAAGCGCUACGUAUAAGCAACCAACAAAACAUGAGUAUAGGAGAAGCGUAAUGGGAGAAUCAACAAUCCGAGAACUGACUCACCGGUGCAAAGGAGCAAGCAGCAAAUACCUUCGCACCCGGUAAUCAUGGAAAAAUUAUGGAAAAUACUUAUUUGCAUCCAAAAAAAAUGAAAGUUGUUGGUGAUGCAAAUAGUAGAUCGAUCGAUUGCUAGCUGGGUAAGAGAGAAGAUAAAAAAACACAAGCUAGCAAACAACACAACCAAUGAAGGAACGAAUGGAAGCAGGCAAACAAAACAAAAUGAACAAAACAAACAUACAAACAAAACAACUAACGUGGAUAACACGUCUUUAUAAACAUUACUUGCAUUCUAAUUAGUGAAUUUAAUGCCGACGCGUAGAGAAGAAAUAAACUACUGUAAACGAAUCAACAGCAAAACAAAACAGGAGAUAACUUAACAAACACGUAUUAAGUACUUAUCAUCCAUUACUUAUUAGUACGAAAGCGUUCAAUAAACCGAACAAAAAUACACACAUAUACACACAUACACGCACAUACAUCCAAAAGAGGAGAAACACGCAACACGCGAACUUAAUAAAUUUACAACAACAAAAAACAACCAAUCUCUUAGCAAAAUAUAACUCAACCGCAGCUACCAAAACAAACAAACUAACAAAAAAAAGAACCCCUCCCCAAAAACCAGCAAAAAACAAAACGCAAACAUAAAAACAUAUAUUAAAAUUGUGCGAUAAAACUUAAACGUAACGCGUGAACUUUCCUUUCGAUUGAACAGAAAACAAUACACAACUCUGCAUACAUGAUUCAUGCGAUUAUAACUACAAAUUGCGAACAAACUAAGUCUAAUUAUUAUGAUGAUUAUUAGUAACAUUAUUAUUAUCAUUAUAAAACAAAACAAAAAAAAUGCAAACAAACAAAAAAAAUCAACUAGAAACCAAACAGGUAAACCAGUGAACAUAGCCGAAUGGAUUAAGAAUGGUAGAAAUGUUCGAUGAGGCGCCAAGAGCUAGACAAAAAAAACAGUACGUGCAGAACAAAACAGAAAAAAGGAGGAAGCAAAAAAAACGGCAAAAAAGGAAUAAAUAAAACAAAACAGAACACGGAACAUUGAAUUAUUUUGUAGAACGAGAGGAAAGGACCCACUGUUGUACGAAAAAAACCGAUGAAACGUGUUGUUGGCCCCAGUGUCGUUCGUCGUCGAGUUGUCACUGAUAGACAAAUGCACUCAACGCGGUAAAGUUGUAGAAGAAUUAAGAGGAAUUUACAGGAUAGCUGCCUGAUAGUCUAGGACUACUACUAUGGAGUGGAGAAGUAAAACAAAAACAAACAAAAAAAAUUAAAAUAAAGAGAAGAAACAAACAAAAACACAAAAACAGGAAACAGUAAUGUUUGUGUUGUUUGGUUUUUGUUUGCGCAAUUGCAGCUAAUUUACGAGAAAUGGCAACAACAAGAACAAAGGAAGAAAAAACCCAAAACAAAAAAAAACAAACAAAAUAUAUUCUCUAGUAAACAAGUAGAAACUCCUAGGAAAGUAACACAACAAAAGAAAAUGUCCAUUUGCAAAAUGCUAACAGUGACAAUUCGUUACGAUUGUCUUCGAUGAUCAGAAAAAUUAUUAUAUAUAAAAAAGGAAAAAAAACAUAUUAUCUUUAUAACAAAGAAAAUUAACAAAAUAAAAGGUUAAAAAUACACUUUUAAA